GGCGGGUGACUAGGUACCUAUUACAUAACGGUACUCACCUAUGUGUCAAGAGGCAGGUAGCACAUUCCUAAGGCAACAGAGGAUCGAUUUAGCGACGGAAAGUACACGCUACCUAACAAACUAGUAACCCACAAGGCGCAUAAUGAUAAGCGCUGAUGGUGCAUGUGGCGGCCUCCUUCCUUGCCCCUCCUCAUAAUCACACGGCAAGAACCAUCCCUUUACGUUGUUACGUCGCCCACCAUCAGCCCUAAAUUAACUAUAUUGGCGGCUACUGGAACCCUGAAUCCUUUCUCCUUUGGUUUGUCAUUCCUCAGCCGCAGAGAUCUCUUAGAUCUACCUAUUAACGUAGAGAAACUCUGAUAAACGUUCUCUCGUUCAUUGAGAUCAUUUAAGCCUAGUUUCUUUUCUAGAUAGACGGAAAAGGAAGCUAAUUAUUCUCUCUACUUAUCACAGAAGCUUGCGUCAUCCUGCGAAAAUGUCGGGUUGGGGUCAAGACCAGGGUUACGGAGGGGGAUACGGUGGAGGGUAUGGCGGCGGCGGUGGUGGUGGAUAUCAACAACAUCCCCCUCCCCAUCAAGGAUACGGCCAUAACCAGUAUGGACCACCUUCAGGACCGUCGCCUCCUCAAGGAUACAACCAAUAUGGACCUCCCUCGGGGCCACCGCCUUCUCACGGACCUCCUCAGGGUUAUAAUCAAUAUGGUCCUCCUUCAGGUCCUCCUCCUCAGCACCAUGGUUAUAACCAAUAUCCUCCCUCAGGACCCCCGCCCCGACAGCACGAGUACAAUCAGUAUGGUCCUCCUAGCGGUGCUCCCCCGUCCCAGCAUCACCAUUCCAACCAAUACCCGCCACCUCAGCAUCCUCCGCCAUCCGGGCUAGAUUCUUAUGGUUAUCCGAUUCAUUCUGGUGGCGGUUAUCCCGGUCAGGGCUACGGAAAUGAGCACCGAUCCGGCCCGCCUCCGCCCACGGCACCCCAGCAAUUCGGCCAUGGAGCUCCGGAUGGCUACACCUUCCAGUACUCAAACUGUACUGGUAAGAGAAAGGCCCUGUUGAUUGGCAUCAACUACUUCGGCCAAAAGGGUGAACUACGUGGUUGCAUCAACGAUACCAAGAAUGUCUCUCAGUUCCUCAUUGAGCGUUAUGGGUACAAGAGGGAAGACAUGAUUAUCUUGACUGAUGAUCAACAUGAUCCCAUCAUGAUACCCACUAAGGCUAAUAUUCUGCGAGCCAUGGAAUGGCUUGUGUCUGGAGCUCGGCCCAACGACGCCUUGUUCCUGCACUACUCGGGCCAUGGUGGACAGACAGAAGACCAAGAUGGAGAUGAGGAGGACGGUUACGAUGAGGUCAUCUACCCCGUUGACUACGAACGUGCUGGCCACAUCGUCGAUGAUCAACUACACCACGUGAUUGUUAAGCCCCUUCAAGCUGGUGUGAGAUUGACUUGCAUCUUCGACUCUUGCCAUUCUGGUUCAGUUCUUGACUUGCCUUACAUCUACUCGACUAAAGGUGUGCUCAAGGAGCCCAACCUUGCCGCCGAAGCUGGUCAGGGAUUGCUGAAGGCGUUCUCUUCCUACGCUUCUGGUGAUACGGCAGGAGUUGCCAGCGCCAUUCUUGGAUUCGCCAAGACUGCGUAUAGAGGUGACGACGGAUAUAAGAAGACAGUUGAAACCAAGACCUCUCCCGCUGAUGUUAUCAUGUGGUCUGGAAGCAAGGAUGACCAGACAUCCGCGGAUGCGACCAUUGCGGCUCAAGCAACCGGAGCUAUGUCAUGGGCGUUUAUCACAGCCAUCAAGCAAAACCCGAAGCAGAGCUACGUCGAACUUCUCAACAGCAUCCGUGACGUGUUGCAAACCAAGUAUACUCAGAAGCCGCAAUUGUCAUGCAGUCACCCUCUUGAUACCAACAUACUCUUCGUGAUGUAAAUCAUUUACUUAAAGACCGUGCAUCAAAAGUGGUGGGAAUCUGAAAAGGGAGAUUUGAUCUCGUCGAUGAGUUAGAGUAAAUGCGAUGAAUUUCGAGAAUUAAAUGAUGAUUAUUCGGGAACUGAUCUCUUAGGGGUUUGAGAUCUAAGGCACCCCAUUUGCAUGCAUUCAGUUCUACAUAGUGAGGUAUUAGAUUAUUAGGACCUUACAUGAUUCACAGGCAUCUAGUACCGUCUAAAUCGUCUAUAGGCUGAUUGUGUUCUAUCUUUUUAUACUGGCCCCUAUUAUCAAAAGCAAAAGUUCGGGCUAAAACCCCACAAUCACGAUACCAGAUGGUACAAUAUGAUACGGAUCCCAUACGAUUACGUGGCAUUAACACGCCGUAUUCGGGCUAAAAUAUGCUAUACCGCCGUCUAAUAACCGUUUCUUGCUCCACUCUAAUGUCGACACCUGGCAAUUGAACAUUACCUCGAAUAAAAAAAAAAAAUUCCCGUCGUGUAACUUUU